AUCGACGAAGAACAUCAGAAAGCAACCAGCAAUCAAAAUGGUCACUUCUAUUCUCUUCUGCAGUUGUUUGGUCGCUUUCUUGACCAUCGGUUCAGUCAGCACCGAUGGCCAGGAUUCGACAGCCGCUCUGCUGGCGCUGCUCACCGGCAAUCCGGAAUUAUAUCCGGUCGUAAACCAAUAUCAGCAGAGGAGAAUUCCACAACAAGGACGACCUUACUAUACGAACGUCAUGGCCCAGUAUCCGCCUUACUAUCCGGCUUAUCCAUCGUAUCCAUUGGCAUCGGAUGCGGAUUUCUUGCGUUUGAAUUAUCCGCAGCUCUUUGAUCAAAGAAUUGUACAAUCCGAUGAAUCUGAAACUAAUUCAUUCCGUUCUGGAUCUGCGUCCCGUUUCUUUGGGAAUAAAGUUCCACUAUCAGGACUCUUGUCGGCAUUGAGGGGACCACCAGGUCCUCCAGGCCCUGCUGGAACUCCACCACCUCCACCAGGUCCUCCUGGACCUCCAGGCCCCCCUGGCUCAGCUGGAGCAGCAGGUGCAGUUGGCCCUGCAGGUCCUGCAGGUGCCGAUGGUCCUCCUGGACCUGCUGGCCCAGCAGGCCCCGCAGGUGCUGAUGGUCCUCCUGGACCUGCUGGACCCCCCGGCCCAGCUGGUCCAGCAGGUCCAGCAGGUCCAGCAGGUCCCGCUGGUCCUCCCGGAGCUCCUGCCCUUUAGAAAGAAUUUCGUCAUCAAGUGAAAUGUUAACUAACCAAUUAAGGGAAAUUAUUGGGGCUCUCGGGAUUAGACAAGGAUCUUCUAGACAUCGGGACAUGAACCAUAAAAUUUGUCAUCAUUUCAAAUCAAGUAGAAUAAUUGUAUUUUCUGAAAAUGUUGCAUUGGAAUUGAAUAAACAAUAAUCAAGUAUA